AUGGCCGCCCACAAAGACUACAAAGAGGCCUUGGAGCACAUCCGCCUUGCCUUGUGGAAGGAAGAGGCCGACAUGGCCAAAGACUUCGCCAACGCUGCCGACCAGGAAGCCUGGCUGAAGCAUUUCCAGGACUGCCUCAUCAAGCAGGGCCCGCCUCCCAAGGCUCAAGACGCUGGCAAGGUGCCUUGCCUCACUCCCGCGGAUCGCAAAAGCUGCGGUGUCGAAGUUAACGACACUGGUUCUCGAGUCGUUAGGAUCUGUGAAUACGAGAAAGUGAUUGAGACGGACAAGGAAGUGGACGUGGAGUUCUGGACAACACGUCCUACUGCCCUUCUGGUCGAAAUCCCGGGUACCGAGUUGUCUCGGGUUCACAUUGGGAUCAAAGGUCCCGGCAAAGUUCAUGCCGAGAAAGCCCUCGGGGUUGUGGAGACCACAACUACGACUACACAUUCAGGCAAGAGACUUUCUCUUGUCGAGAACCUCUCCAAGGUUGCGAUGAAUAACUGA